AUGUUGAGUUCCAGCCGUAAGGAGAUGGUCGCCGAGGAGGUCGGGCUCGACAAUGCCCAGGAUGAUCGCGAUAUGCAUCGCCUGGGCAAGUCGCAGCAGUUCAAGAGAAACUUUCGCUUCUACUCGAUUCUCGGAUUCACCACGACCUUGAUGGCUACAUGGGAGUCGAUUCUGCUGACGAGUACAUACGGGUUGACGGACGGGGGUCGCGCCGGCAUGAUUUAUGUCUAUAUCGCUUCAUUUGUCGGGUUUUUCGCUGCUGUCAUUUCCAUGGCAGAAAUCGCGUCCAUUGCGCCAACUUCGGCCGGACAAUAUCACUGGGUCAGUGAAUUCGCCUGGCCCAGGUCGCAGCGAUUCUUGAGCUAUCUGACUGGGUGGUUGUCGGUGUUGGGCUGGCAGGCGGCCUUUGCCAGUAUUUGCUUUCUCUGUGGCACCCUGAUUCAGGGCUUGUUGGUUUUCAACUACUCGACUCCCGGUGACUACGUGUAUGUUUACGAACGCUGGCAUGGGACCCUGUUUACCAUGGCCAUUGCAGCUGUCGGGACCUUGGUCAAUACCUACGGUGCCAAGUUCCUGCCACCGCUGGAGGGUCUGAUCUUGGCCCUGCAUUUGGGCGGGUUCGUUGCCGUCCUGGUUCCUAUCUGGGCCAUGUCGCCGGGUCAAGCCUCGUCGACGGAGGUCUGGAAGGAAUUCACCAACUCUGGUAGUUGGCCGAGUAUAGGCCUGGCAUGUCUGGUGGGCCAGCUGACUCCCAUCUUCUCCUGGACAGGGCCUGACGCGGCGACACAUAUGUCCGAGGAGGUUCGCAAUGCGGCCUCUAUCGUUCCCUGGUGCAUGGUUUCGACGGCGUUGAUCAACGGCGGUCUGGGGUUCAUCAUGCUUGUUACCCUGCUGUACAAUAUGGGCAAUCUCAAGGACGUACUCGAACCCGCCAGUGGAUUCUCUUUCAUCCCGGCCGUCAAGCAUGCGACGGGGUCGAGGGCGGCCACUAACGGCGUGGCGGCGAUCAUUCUGGUCAUGGAGGUCUGCAGCGCCAUUAGUAUCCUGGCAACCUCUUCUCGCCAGACCUUUGCCUUUGCUCGCGACAAUGCCCUUCCAUUUUCGCGUUACUUGGCCCACGUGAACCGACGGACACAAAUUCCGGUCUGCGCCGUGCUUGUUUCGUCUAUGAUCACCGUGCUGCUUUGCUUGAUCAACAUCGGAUCCACCGCUGCGUUCAAUGCCAUUGCCUCGGUGAUGAUUGCCGCGCUGUUCACGACCUAUAUUCUGUCGAUCGCCGCCUUUGUGCGCGCCCGGUUCCAAUCAGACGGCCUCCCGCCGUCGCACUUCUCACUCGGGCCGCUUGGUUUGCCCAUUAAUCUUUUCGCCUUGGGCUAUCUCUGCUUCGCCAUCAUCUUCACCUUCUUCCCUACCGCCAACAACCCAACACCCGUGGACAUGAACUGGUCCAUUGUCGUCUUUGGGUUUGUUGUUAUCUUUGCUAUUUUGCAGUACCUUGUCCAUGGCAACCGCGUCUACCAAGCGCCUGUCACGCAGGUUCGCAAGACCGAGUAG